CAGAGACGAACGUGAUGCAAAAAUUCGCGCAGUGUUGCGCGCGGUUGAUAUUGAUAUUAGUGUUUUGUGGUUCAAGCAAAAGUACUUCUGUAGAGAAAAUUAUUUCACAAUAUAGUCACUUCACUUCCUUUAUCAGGGUGAUGUUUGACAUCAAGAUAUAGCAAUCAAAUUUCGGAUGAUCACUUUUCUUUUCUACACCCCCUCGUUGAACUACUAGCGCCCCCUAUGGCUGGCCUGGACGACUACAAGUUCUACAUGGCAGCACGCGGGGAAGACUCUCCGUUCUGGGAGCGUCGUCUGCCGGAGCGUCGGGCGGGGGGCAGUGCUCGCCCAACGUCCCUCCCCCUGCCCGAGCAGACGACCGAGCCGGCCACCUCCCCCAACACCCAGUACCUGGUGGUGGCCACGAACGCGGCCGGACUGAUUGUGGAGCACGUUCUGACGCACCCGUUUGUGGUGCUGCGCCGGCAGUGUCAGGUGAAUGCCACUGCCCGUCGCUACCACCUGACGCCGGUCACUCUAGCGCCGGUGUUGUUCAACCUACACCGCCAUCAGGGACUGGGGGUUCUCUGGAAGGGACUGGGGAGUGCGGUGAUCGUGAAGGGCCUCCGACUGGCCGCUGAGGAUCUGGUGAGCAAGGUGGCACCCUGGCCGCGGGAGCUGGCCCGCGGCAGCUCUGCGCGCCAGGCCGGCCGCCACCUACUGCUGAAGACGGCCGGCCUGAUCGCCGCGGCUCCGUUCUCGGCAGCGAGUCUGACAGAGUCGGUACAGUCGGAGGUGGCCAGCGAGCGGCCGGGCGUGCUGGACGUGUUCACAGAGGGAGCGUUCCGCGCCGUGGCCGGUCUGACGCCGUACAGCGGCGGGCGUCUGCUGCCAGUGUGGACCCUGGUCGUACCGGCUGCUCUGCACGGUAUCCUGCACUACAUCCUGAGCGCUAUCGGCGCCGAGGUCGCCUCUGCUGUGCUCCGCAUCCUACGUGACCGAGCCGAGCGGCGACGCGGGGCGGUGCCGCGCGCGCGUCAGCCCCUGGACAGGUGCCACCAGCAGCUGGCCGUGGCGGCGGUGGGUCGCUACUCGGCCGACCUGCUGCUCUACCCGCUGGAGACGGUGCUGCACCGGCUGCAGCUGCAGGGCACGCGCUCCAUCGUGGACAACCUGGACACAGGGUCCUCGGUGCUGCCCGUCAGCACGCGCUACGAGGGUGCCCUCGACUGCUUCUUCACCAUCCUAGAAGACGAGGGCGUGUCGGGUCUGUACAAGGGAAUCGGUACACUGGCGGCUCAGGCGGCUACGCACGCUGCGGCGCUGUACGCGGCUCGCUGGAUAAUCGGCCAGGUGGCGCUGCUGGCUGCCGAUCAGCCGCCGCCCUCAGGAGCCGCCUCUAGGGACAACCUGACGCAGAUGCUGGAAACACCCGUGUCAGGGAUCCCCGGCGCAGGAGAGCCCGACGACUCCGAGCUCGACGGUCGGUGGAGGGAGGUGCGCACUCCUCUGACGCCGGCGGCUGAUAGGUAUGAUCGGUAUGCCGCCGAGUUCGAUCGGUACGCGGGAUUCGAUAGGUACCGAGACCAGUUUUGAGAGGGUUAGCUAUAGGAAGUCAGAGAAAUAUGUCUGGGCCACGUUGAUGGCAGGCCAGUACCUAUUGAGCAGCGAGGAAUGCGUGAACGAAAGAUUUAGGAUAUGCGUGGCCUGUAAUGAGCCGUUGGUGCAAUUAAAAGCACUUGGUAUCAGUCUGCGUGAUUAGUCAUUUCAUUUGUGAGGUUGAGCUUGAUUGUGGCUGCUUUUGUCAGCUAGUUCGCAAUGUGUAUAGCUGAUUUAUUUCUGGGUCGCUGCGGCUAUGUCACUGACAACAGUUAUUAUUGUAGUCAGGCAGUAAAAAAUAUCCAGCUCCAAGCAUUUGUUAUGCUUCAAACCAGGGCUGCGGAGUCGAUGGAUUUUCGGCGACUCCGACUCCGACUCCGGCUUUCAAAAACCAGCUCCGACUCCAACUCCGACUCCGGGCAGAAUUGUCGACUCCGACCGACUCCAACUCCCGACUCCGACUCCGCAGACCUAGCAGGGCUGCGGAGUCGACAGAUUUUCGGUGACUCCGACUCCGACUCCGACUCGGGUUUCUAAAAUCGACUCCGACUCAGACUCCGACUCCGGUCACAACUGUCGACUCCGACCGACUCCGACUCCGACUCCGACUCCGCAGCCCUGCUUCAUACCAGUAUCAUGGUCAGCGAACUUGUUUGAGAAGUUGUAAGCCGACUUUGCUGCUCGUGACGAGCUUGGUUGAGAACGAUUUGUGAUAGUGGUGAAGUCACGCAGGGCGAGCGUGUGUUAUGCAUGAAGGCGCUGUUUUUGUUGCAUUUGCCCAUUUGAAUGCCAGAUUUGUGUUAUGUCAGUUAAUUGACAGAUUUAACUGGCUUUUACUGACGCUUGAAGACGAGUAAUGUGGAUGCCAGGAAUUUGGCUCGUUCAGUCGGCGAAUUGAGCCUCGGUUUCGCCCACUCAUUUGGCGAACACCUGAAACCCGUCGAAUCGGUGGAGGCGCAUUGUGCCAUGUUGCCGACUGAGUGCGGCCCAUCCCUGCUCGAUACCACCGGUGGCCCAUUAGGUCUACCGAUAGAGAUUAGGCCUCGUGGCGAGCAGACACCGUGUCGUCUUUGUGAGGGCCUGUAACCAUACAUCCCGUGUAUGAUUGAGAUCCAACGGGUCGCCUGUGGCCUGCCCUACCAGUCAUUUAUGCCAUUGAAUGGCUGUUUGAUCUGUGCAGUUGGCGCCCCAAGAUGCAAUAAAUAAAUCGGACGAUGUGCU